AUGUCGCAGCGAUUCCCUGCGGCCAAUGUGAACUCCGUUCCGGGUUCUCAACGGUAUCCCGCAUCUCCGGGACAACCCAAUCAGCCACCCGUGAUGCGCCCGUACGGACCAGGAAACAAUUUUUCUCCGCGACCGUACACUCCACCACCACAGAUGGGUGGAAGCGGUGUUCCGGCCCAGAACCAGCACCAACGUCCGAUUCAGCCCGGCUUCCAGGGUGGAAGCAUGCGGGGUUCCCCGAUGUCUAACUCUACCGGCGGAAAGCGAAACGCCGACAGCCGUUCGUCGAUGAACCAAUCUCAACAGAAAAACGAUUAUUCAGUGAAAAAGAAGAAAAAGCUAGCUGACAAAAUUCUGCCCCAGAAGGUGCGUGACCUCGUUCCGGAAUCUCAGGCCUACAUGGACCUGUUGGCGUUCGAGCGCAAGCUGGAUGCGACCAUCAUGCGUAAACGCUUGGACAUCCAAGAGGCACUCAAGCGUCCGAUGAAGCAGAAGCGUAAGCUGCGUAUCUUCAUCUCGAACACAUUCUACCCCAGCAAGGAUGGAAGCGAAGGCGAUGCGAACCCCGAAGGUUCGGUUGCAUCGUGGGAACUACGCGUCGAAGGCCGGCUGCUGGAGGACAACAAAUCCGACCCAGCCAAAAUCAAGCGUAAGUUUUCCAGUUUCUUCAAAUCGCUCGUCAUCGAGCUGGACAAGGAUCUGUACGGACCGGACAACCAUCUCGUCGAAUGGCACCGCACGCACUCCACGCAGGAAACGGACGGGUUCCAGGUGAAACGCCCGGGAGAUCGGAACGUGCGAUGCACCAUCCUGCUUCUGCUCGAUUAUCAGCCGCUCCAGUUCAAGCUGGAUCCACGUUUGGCCCGUUUGCUCGGAGUGCACACGCAAACUCGCCCAGUUAUCAUUUCCGCCCUUUGGCAGUAUAUCAAAACGCACAAACUACAGGACGCGCACGAGCGCGAGUACAUUGCGUGUGAUAAAUAUCUGGAGCAGAUCUUCGGCUGUCCGCGCAUGAAGUUCGCUGAGAUUCCGCAGCGACUGAACCCGCUGUUGCACCCACCGGAUCCGAUCGUAAUCAAUCACGUGAUCACGGUCGAGGGCGGACUGGAGAACAAGCAGACCGCUUGUUACGACAUCGACGUGGAGGUAGACGAUACGCUCAAGAACCAGAUGAACACGUUCCUGCUUAGUACGGCUAGCCAGCAGGAGAUACAGACGCUGGACGGUAAGAUUCACGACACGGUUGAGACGAUCAACCAGCUGAAGACGAACCGCGAGUUCUUCCUAAGCUUCGCCAAGGAUCCACAAACCUUCAUCCAAAAGUGGAUCGUGUCGCAGACGCGCGAUCUCAAGGCGAUGACGGAUAUUGUCGGUAACCCGGAGGAGGAGCGGCGUGCCGAGUUCUACCACCAGCCGUGGACGCAGGAGGCCGUAUCGCGAUACUUCUUCACCAAGGUGAACCAGAAACGAGCCGAGCUCGAGCAGGCACUCGGUAUCCGGAACUCCUAAUGCGGUGAUAUCGACCGCCCGAACUAAAUUUUAUUCUUCCUGUAAUCAGGCUAACAAGCCAACUGGUGCAGUUGCAAUCAAUUUGACGCUACUCUUUUUUUACGAACAAAUCACGUAACCGAAUAAAGCUUAAUA